UCCUCAGCUGUGGGAAUGGAGCGCACCCUGGGAGAAACGUAAACAGCCCUGUAAAGGUUGCCGUGCCCUUCUCAUCAUGCGGUGACGGACAGACGUGUCCCCGUCCGCCGGCAAAGACACACGACAACCCCGGCAAGAAGAGCUCCAGGUGGCGGGACAAGGAUGGCCCGAAUAUCGCUGGACUGUGCAAACUCUUUACCGGGGAUCCCACUCAGUGUUCUCUCAGUGCCCAUGGAGAAUAAAUACAAAUGUCAGCAGUGUCUCCAGGUCCUGAGGAAGCCCGUUCAGGCUCAGUGCGGCCAUCGCUUCUGUGUACACUGCUUCAAGCAGCUCACCAGUUCUGGGCCAAAGCCUUGUGAGGCCUGCCGCCAGGAGGAAAUAUAUGAGGAGCCUAUGUCCAUCCUUCAUAGUAAUGAGGCCUUUCCAGACAAUGCAGCAGGUCGAGAAAUUGCCAGUCUUCCAGCCAGGUGUUUGAACCAAGGCUGCAAUUGGACGGGCUCUAUAAAAGAGUAUGAGGCUCAGCAUGAAGGCCAAUGCGACUUUGAUCGAGUUCAGUGCGAGGCCUGCAACACCUCCAUCCUGCUCUCGGACAAGUCCCGCCACAAUGAGAGAGAAUGUGAGGCCAGAACUCUCAACUGUAAAUACUGCAAGAUGACUUUCAACUUUAAAGAAAUCAAGGCCCAUGAUGAAAUCUGCCUGAAGUUCCCAUUACAAUGUAAAGACUGUGGCAAGAAGAAGAUCCCAAGAGAAAAGUUCAUUGACCACAGCCGAAUCUGUGCCAAGUCGAAGAGUGCCUGUCCAUUCAGUGAAGUGGGCUGCAAAUUUGUGCUGGACAACGGGAAGCUCAGUGACCACGAGCACAGCAGCACCAUGGAGCACCUGCGUCUGCUGCUGCCCAUGGUGAUGUCAGUGGGUCGGGUCCGUGCAGAGGCUUCAGGUCCCGGCGAGUGGCAGGAGGACUCUGGCCUGGGCCUGUACAGGGCUCCUGAGGAGGGAGUCAGUAUGGACUGUGGCGCUGCAGCCUCCCCACAGUCGGUGGAUGUGGAGAAGAAGGUGAUUGCUUUAGAAAACAUAGUGUGUGUCUUGAACCGUGAAGUGGAGCGCAGCACUGUGACGUUGGAAGCUUUCUCGCAUCAACAUCGCUUAGACCAGGAAAAGAUUGAGGAUCUGUCAAACAAAGUACGACAGCUGGAGAGGACGCUGAAUAUGAGAGACUUGCAGCUGUCGGAGACCGAGCAUCUGCUGCGAGAACUCCAGUUCUGCACCUACGAUGGGAUCUUUGUCUGGAAAGUCUCAGACUUCGCGCGCCGCAGACAGGACGCUGUUGGUGGGCGGACUCCUGCAAUGUUCUCACCUGCGUUUUACUCCAGCAAGUACGGCUACAAAAUGUGUCUGAGGCUGUAUCUGAACGGCGACGGAACGGGACGGGGAACGCACCUUUCGCUGUUCUUCGUGGUCAUGAGGGGCCGGUAUGACGCUCUGAUGAAAUGGCCGUUCAGUCAGAAGGUGACUCUAAUGCUCUUGGAUCAGAAUAACAGGGAGCACAUAAUCGACGCUUUCCGCCCUGAUGUCACCUCCACAUCCUUCCAGCGGCCGAUCAGUGAGAUGAACAUCGCCAGUGGCUGCCCGUUGUUCUGCCCACUGGCCAAAUUGGCCGGCAAGAGCCCCUAUUUGAGAGAUGACACCAUUUUCAUCAAAGCCAUUGUCGACCUCACGGGCUUAUAGAUUUCCGGCUGUGGAAGCUGCACUUAAGUUUCAUGAAGAAGUCUAGACUGAAUUAUAAUGGUAAUAAUAAUAUGACCUAGUAGUAGGCAUUAUACUAUAUCAAGCAUGUGACCAUAACAUUACAUGAUCAAGAGAUAUAUAGAAUCUUAUAAUUAAUGCUUUAGGAAGAAAGUCAUGUUAUGAUGGAGACAACAUAACCACCACAUUAUGGUGGUGGAUCUGUUGUGGUUAUUAGAAUAUAUAUAUCAAUGCAUUUUGUUAGUGUGUAAGGCUUUCAGCAGGCUUUAUGAAGAACAACGCUCAA